UCAACUUCUUCUAUUCCCAUUGAUCAUUCAUUCUCUCUGUGUGCUUUCUUUUAUCUAUUUAGACAUUCUAUUGAAGUUGGAAGCAGCUGAUUCUUUGUUUGCUUGCUCAUCAGAAAAGCUUUAGAGCUUAAAAGGAGGAAAACAAAGUAAAAGCUGAUGGAAAGCAAACAUGGAAUCUAGAACAGUUGUUUAGUGAUUUUAUAUACAAAACCCUGCUUUCUAUAGUCUCCUCUGGUAUUAUUGAAAAGGAGCUGAGAUGGGUUUUUAUGAUGGUCAAUGAGGAAUUGAAGCAUUGCACUGAAAUUGAUUCCGAAGGAUUGAGGAUUUUCACACGACAUACAGCAAAGUAGAGAGUGAGAAGUUAGAAAUCUGUUCACAGUGGAAAAUGAUGAACAUUCCUUAUGGUUACUGAUCAUUAAGAGGGUAUAGAUCAAGCUGAUACCCAGCUGAUAAAAAGUGAUUGAAACUAUAUAUCAGGGAUACAUGUGUUGUAGGCUUAGGGUUACACUGUAAAAAUCAAGAGGGAAAAAUGGUUGGAAUUGUGGAUAUCGAUGUAUCAGACGAUUCUUUACCAGCUUUGGUUCCAUCAUUUUAUGCAAGUGGUCUAGGUUCAUGGGUUGCAGUCCUCUCAUAUGAUGCAUGUGUUCGCUUAUGCUUAAACUCACGGGCAAAAGGUAGUCGUGAGGCUCCCAUCUUCUUGGAAAAUGGAUGUGCGCUUCUUCAAAAUGCAUUUAGCUUGCAACACGUCCUACUACAGCCAGAGGAAGAACUGCUGAAGAAGAAGUCUUCAAGGUUAAGCAGUGAAGGAGUUUCUGCUAAAGCUAAGAAGAAAUUAGGGAAAAUGAAAGUACAAGUCAGGAAAGUAAAAAUCGGACUAGAUCCACCCACAACCUGUAGCUUUUCAUCUUUAAAGCCUUCAAAGGAAAAAAUUGAUUCAUUACGUUCUUAUGCCUCAAGUGUAAAGUCUAAUGUCGCCUCAGGAUGGGGUGCUAUACAGAAAGUUCAUGUUUCUCCUCGGAUUCCUGUAAAUGCUCCUCUUUCAACGAAAUUCAUGGUAUACAUGCAUGCUGGCACUAGUUACGUUAAAGAGGUUGCUGGGCUUCUGAAAUCUGGGACUUCAACUUCUCCUGACAGUUCAACAACUUCCAACAAAGUGAUUCCAGAAACCCAUUCUUGUUUGUUGAGGCUGAAAAGUACAUCACAAAGUGAGGCAGUUCGAAUGCAGCCCGGAUCCAGUGAGGCCCAUGUAUUCUUGCCAGAUGGUUUUACAGAUGAUUUGAUAGUAGAAGUCCAUGAUUCAAAUGGAAAGCAUUGUGGUGGUGCGAUAGUUCAAAUGGCCGAUAUUGCUGAAGAGACAGGUGAUAAACUUCGUUGGUGUUCAAUCUAUCACGAGCCAGAUCAUACACUUAUUGGAAGGGUGCAAUUAUACAUAAACUAUUCAUUUAGCCCAGAUGAGAAGUGCGGCUCUGUUGCAGAAACUGUAGCAUAUGACCUGCUUUUGGAGGUGGCAAUGAAACUUCAACAUUUCAAGCAAAGAAAUUUGUUGUUGCAUGGUUCUUGGAAGUGGUUAGUUGCUGAGUUUGCAUCUUGUUAUGGAGUCUCGGAUACUUAUGCAAACUUAAGGUAUCUUACAUAUGUAAUGGAUGUUGCAACACCUACUGCAGAUUGCCUAUGUUUGGUGAAGGAAUUGCUUUCACCUGUCAUUUUGAAGCCUAAGAGUUCAUUGAGUCAUCAAGAGAACCGUCUCCUAGCCGAAGUUUCUAAAAAAAUUGAGGAUAUUAUUGUAUUGGUUUUCGAGAACUACAAGUCGCUUGAUGAAUCCUCGCCAUCUGGAAUUAUAGAUGGUUUCAAGCCUUCCAAUGGUUUGCCUGCUCCAGCCUUAAAACCUGCUUUAAAGCUCUUUAUGCUUUUAAAUGAUGUACUUUUGCCCGAAAUGCAGUUGAAACUCUGCAGAUACUUUCAGACUGCAGUAAAGAAGAGAUCCAAAAAGUACUUGGCAGAAGUAGAGGAGUUUGUCUCUAGCAAUAAUGGAAAUGCAAGAAGCGAUCCAGUGUUCCUUGGAACAGCUUACCUCAAGAUGAAAAGUCUUUGUUUGAAUAUGAAAAAUGAAAUUUCUUUAGAUAUCAAGAUUCACAGUAAGAAUUUACUACCUAGCUUUUUAGAUCUUCCCAAUCUGUCUUCUGCAAUUUACAGCGUUCAGCUAUCCAACUCAUUGCGUGAAGCACUAAUCACAUGUCCUCCCUCUGGGCCAUCUAUUGUGGCCGAAUUAGUAAUCGCAACAUUAAAUUUUCAGAAUGCUCUUGCUCACUGGAACAUUAGACCCAUAAAAGGUGGUGUGGAUGCAAAAGAGUUGUUCAACUCUUAUAUUAUUAACUGGAUUGAAGCUAAGCGUCUGGCAUUGCUUGAAUUUUGUAGACCUGACAAGGUGAAGGGGUCAGGCCUGAAACCACAUAAUGCAGCAACAUGUCCUUUUGUUGAUGAAAUGUAUGACCGGUUGAAAGAGACACUGGAUGAAUAUGAAUUCAUUGUUACUCGCUGGCCAGAGUACACAUUGGUUCUUGAAAAGGCAAUAGCUGAUGUUGAAAAGGCAUCCGUAGAAGCUCUUGAUAAGCAGUAUGUUGAUGUUUUAUCCCCUUUGAAGGAAAAUUUUGCACCUAUUAAAUACGGCCUCAAGUAUGUCCAGAAAAUCACAAAAGGCACAGAAGUAACAUAUACACUUCCCGACGAGUUAGGAGGCUUGUUGAAUUCGAUGAAAAUUAUGCUUGAUUUGAGGCUUCCAGAGAUAGAAUCUCAGAUGAAGUCAUGGAGUUCUUGCAUAAAUGAUGAAACUAACCCGGCUCCAGGAGAGUGUCUUAAUGAAGUUAAGGUGAUGCUCAGAACAAAAUUCAAAAACUACGUUCAAGCACUAGUAGAGAAACUUGUGGAAAAUACACGGGUGCAAAAUACAACGAAACUGAAGAAGUUGAUACAAGACUCUUCGAAGGAGGCUGUAACCGAAUCAGAUAUGCGGAUAAGAAUGCAGCCUUUGAAGGAUGUCCUUAUCAACACAAUUAAUCACCUUCAUAAUGUCUUCGAUAAUCAACUCUUUGUCAUCAUUUGCCGCGGAUUUUGGGACCGGAUGGGGCAGGAUGUUCUAAAACUUUUAGAAGACAGAAAAGAGAACACUUCUUGCUACAAAGGCUCGCGAAUCUCACUAUCAGUUUUAGAUGACAUAUUUAGGUCGGAAAUGCAGAGGUUUUUAGGACAUUCCCUAAUUGCAGACAAUUUGGAGCCUCCUCGAACAAUUAUGGCAGCUAGGGCCAUGCUAUGUAAAGACUCGGUGAACCCGAGUAACAAUAGUCUCUAUUAUUGAACAAUUAAGGUUCAGUCUCUAUUCAAUUUGUUGAUAAAAAUAUAUUUCAGUUAAAUAUAAAAACCCUGAUUCUUCGGAGAACCGAAGAAUUUACUUUGAACACAAUUUUGAAUGAUCACAAAUACUGCAUUUGUGGGUUGAAUUUAGCGAUUGAAUGAAUAGUUGCAAUUUAUU